ACCAGAGACACGAAUACAUAUCCAAAUACUUAACGUGGACAAAAAUACCGUAUUACAGAACAAGUUUCGUAAUAAAAUCCACAAAUCGGGCAUGUCAUCACCACGUGUGAGCUCCCCUGGUGUUUCGUUAGGAGUAUAAAUAAAGUUGUUGCUGCUGGUUUCGUGUCGCGCCUGCGCUACUGGGUCAGUGAGGAGGAGUCAUUUCCUGCGGCGACGCUGAGGAAGAAGCGAGGGUGACAGAGAGGAGAGAAAGAGAAGCUUGCGAUAUACAUAUACAGGAACCAUUGCUGUCCGCCGCCUACAACACUAACCCCGACAGGACUUGCCGCGCUCCAGUUCAGUGCUGACAUGCCGAAGAAUAAAGGAAAGGGAGGUAAAAAUCGGCGACGUGGUAAGAAUGAGAACGAAUCAGAAAAGAGAGAACUGGUGUUCAAAGAAGAUGGGCAGGAGUAUGCUCAGGUGAUCAAGAUGCUGGGUAAUGGGAGGUUGGAAGCGAUGUGUUUUGAUGGUGUUAAGAGGCUGUGCCAUAUCAGAGGAAAACUAAGAAAAAAGGUUUGGAUAAACACAUCCGAUAUUAUAUUGGUUGGAUUGAGAGAUUAUCAGGACAACAAAGCUGAUGUCAUUCUAAAGUACAAUGCAGAUGAAGCCCGAAGCUUGAAAGCAUACGGUGAACUUCCAGAACAUGCUAAAAUCAAUGAAACAGACACAUUUGGACCUGGUGAUGAUGAUGAAAUUCAGUUCGAUGACAUUGGAGAUGAUGAUGAAGAUAUUGAUGAUAUCUAAGUUGGACUGUUUAUCCCAUUGUCUUACCAGUGUGGUUCUGCACUUGCUUUGUGCUGUGGGAUUACAAGCAAAGACUGUCGACAAAGCAACCCGAAUCAGGAUCAGUUUCCUACACAUACAGUAACACAAGAAUAAAUAAAAUGCUGUGGAUGGUUUAUAUACAUCAAUUCAUUUUCAGCAUUUGUUUUAAUGCAUUUGUAUUUCUCACAAUGGAAUUUGAAUUUAGGAGAUAUAUUAUAAAAUUAAAAAAAAAAAACCUGCAGAAGUGUCCUGUAUUUACAAUAAAAACACUUAGUUUUCAGAUUUAUAAUUUUAUUUUUUUGUAAAGUAUCUGUGCUUCAGUGCAUUUUGUUAAAUUUUGUUUUAGUUACAAAACAAAUGUGACUGUGGGAUCUUCCUGUCGUCAAUGCUGCGAGGGCUUCACCAUCUUGUCCAUAGGUGUGAUCUUUGCAAUGACAGCUAGUCACCGCUGGAUGGCUUAGCCCCACCCCCUUGAAUUUCUUUUGAGCGAUGCCCUUCAAUAAAGUCGAUAUGAACCGUUUUUAA